AACAACCAAUAGUUGAGUUAUGUCACUCGAAGGAAGUGGUUGUGUUGCUUGAUUCGUAACGCUUUAAACGCGUGUUCGUUUAUUUAUAUUUUCAUGGACACAUUUACAUUAACAUUUUGUUUGUAAUAUGAAUGAAAUCUGACAUUUAAAAUUAAUAGAAUAAUAUUGUGCUUUAAUUAUAAUUAAGUAAUAAGUGAUAACAUUAGUGUUGUGAUGACUUGAAACUAGUGAUGAACUAUUUUGUAAAGUUUAUAUUUUUAACAAGUUUUAAUUGAUUGAAAUGGCGUUGGUUAAUUUUAGUUUGUGUUUGGUGCUUAUUUUGUACCAGCUUUCUGCCGCUUAUAGCGAUGAAACAUCCUCGGAGUCAACAGAUCUUGGUCUAAUGGAUACUAUGUCCGGCGAUGUAGAGGGCGUACGGUGCUACUGCAACACGGCGCAGUGCGUUGGCACCGCGUACAUGUGCCGGGCUCGUCGCGGCGGCGGUUGUUACAGCGAUUUGCCCGCGCCUCGCCCGCAUCACGCCAGGCACGGUUGUUUGCACCAUCUCGCAGACACUGAACAAGAGGCGUUAUCUUACUGUCAGAACAGUCCGUCGAGCGCUGCACCGCGCGGCCAGCACUCGCUGUUACUGUGCUGUUUCCGGGACCUGUGUAACCACGAAGACAGCCCGCUGGCACGCGCCAGGCUCAACCUGACUAACGAACUUGAUCCUAACGGCGUGGCGACAGAACGUGGUGCGAGCUACAACGGCGAGGUGUGGUUCAAAGCAGCGACUAUAGCUGUUCCAGUGUGCGGCGCACUCAUUCUUUUCCUGCUGGUGGCUGUCGCUGUGCGUCUGUUAAGAGCUGACGCGCUGCUGCAUGCUGAUAGGAAGCUAAGAGGUGGCUACAUGUCCCCAGCUCAGCACUGUACAGAGGAUGUGAAGAAAGUGUGGGUAGGCAGUUCAUCUUCACCCCUGUUAGUAGCGCCUGGUGGUUGCCUCGUGGCGGUGGAGCGCGCUCAACUAGUAGACGCGUCUCCAACGCAACUCUGUGAUAUACAACGGUAAAUGCUGAAACGUAAUCUCUUUUGCGAGCUGUUCCGUGGCUUAUGACAUUUGGUGUUCGUGAUGAGGCUUAAGCAAUUUCCAAACGUGAAUAAAGUGCUACCGUUCUGUAAUAGAUGGCGCUGUUAGUAUAGUAUCAGGUUACACUACUAGAUGGCGCUAUUAUGAGUUUAAUAAUAAAUUGUAUUUAAAAAAUUAAAACCAUUACGAUUAUGUUAUAAUUGGUUAUCUACAUUACAACGCAUGAAGCGAUGUAUAAAGACUGAUUUUGAAGCCGAUUUUUAUAUUUGUAUGGUUCAUAAUAUACAAGUACAGGUUGGCACACUAAUUGUGGCCAGUGAGUUAAAACAAUACCAGGCCAGUCCAGUCUUGGUAUAGUGUGAACCAAGCAUGAUUAUGAAUGGAUUGCACUUUGAUAGUUAACAAGAUAAACUAAAAUCUAUAAUAACCUAUCAAACGCGUUGUCAAUAUAGUGAAUAAUUAGUGCCUUAGUAGGUUUAACGCUGAAUCUAAUAUGGUUGUAAAGAACUGAUAAUUUGUAUUAAAUAUUAAAAGAUUAUGAAAUGUACUGCAAAUACGUAUCAUUUAAAACAAAACGAGAUUUAAUUAAAAUGUAACCGACUUCCCAAUAAUGACUAAAACUUGAUUAUUUUAUUAUGAAGAUUUAUUAAAAGGAAAGGCAACCAAACUAUAUAAUCUCCACUAUUAUUAUUCGUGAAAAUCAUAAUGUAACUUGAAUUAUGUAGUUAACAAAUUAAAAAUAACGAUAAAAAUGUUGCCAGUACCAAAAUUGUAAAGAAAAAUUGAGUUUUUAAUUAAUUUAAACCCGAUUGUUAAAAUAAAAGCAUCGAUAUUGUUAAAAAAUGUUAAGUAAUGUAAUAAAUUGAAUCUAUUUGAUUUGAUCUCAGAAUACUAAAAAUUCACGGGUCGGCUCGCGCGAUACCAAAUUAAGAAAAUUGUAACUUUUUAAUUAUUUUUGAUUAAUUUUGUAAGCGCUUUUUGUUCCUUGUAUAUGUGAAUGUAUUAUAUUCAUAAAUAUAAAAUGUGGGAGUAAACGUAAAAACAAAAAGUAAGGUUAGGAUUUUUAUAACCUUGUAAAAUGCGAAGUAGUCAAUUCCAUAAUAACUUUUUGUUAUAUACUAUGAUAAUACAUAUGUAUUGUAUUUUUAUAAAUCGGUUGUGAGAACAACGAAUGACGUCACAAAUAGGUUGGGUUUAGAAUUUAUGGAUAAAAAAAUAUUUAUUAUUUAUGUGAAAAAACUAAAAAAAGGAAUUGUACAAUUUUGAGGAGAUAUUAAUAAAUUGUAAUAUAAAUAAAAUCACUUUAAAGUUUUUGUUUGAAAACGAUUAUUUUUGUCAAAUAUGUAAUAGAGAUGCAUUUACCUUUAUUGCUAUGUAAACAUCGAUUGUGAAAAAAAUAGGUUAGUAAUAAUUUAAAAAUGAAUCGAUUUGUGUACAAUUGCUAGGAGCAUCUCUAAUGGAUAUGAAUUUCGCAUUAUUUAUAUUUUAAUUAUGUUUUGUAAAUAUAAUAUUAAGUUGUUACCUGUUGUAAUACGCAUGCGUAAGUUUUGGUGCAUAUUGUACUGAGCACACAAAUCUUACAUCCUAGUCUUUAUUAAUCUGAUUAUUAUUAAUAAAACACGUUUGACAUCACUAUUAACGUAGUUAAUGAAAGGUAAAGUAUACUUUUUUAUUAAAUUUUCUCUGUGUUGAUUUCUUAUUUUGUCCUGAAUUGAAGAAAUGCCUUUUUAAAACAAAUUAAACAUUUUUUUAAUCUAUGGAAGUCAAACGUGUUCUUGUAUUUAUUAAACCUUUCUCAUUUCAUAUAAAAAUAGUUAUAUUUAAUACUGUGAUCGAUUAAUCGAUUUCUUUUAAUAAUCGAUUAUAUUAUAGAUCUUAUUUUGUACAUAAUGUAUCGUUACUUUUAUGUACACUUAGCUUCCUUAAAGGUGCCUUACCUUUAUACUAAGUUAUAUUAAGUACGCAAGUUAAAUACUCUGUAAUAAUAAUAUAUCUGCCUCUGUACUGUAAAUAUUAUGUAUAAAUCAACAAAUAAAAUGAAAUUAUUUUAUUA